UCAGCUGACGUUGGCGGCGGCGGCGGCGGCGGCGUGGGCGGCGUGGGCGCGAGAAGGACAGUGAGUAUCGCGGAGAAGCCUGGGCUCCGACGGGCAGGAAGGGCGCGACCCGUGCUUGGAGACGCGAGGCGAUGGCGCGGGGCGGCGCGCUCUGAGGGGCUCCUUCAGCUGCAGCAUGAGCGGGAGCAGCGAGGGCGAGGAGGGCGCGGAGGCGGGCGAGGUGCUGGAGGAGCCCGAGAGGCCGACGGAGUGGACGUCGGGCUGGGACGACGAGUGCAACGACGUCGAGGACGACCCCGACCCUCAUGCUACGCCAGAACGUGAGAUCCUUUGGGCUUGUGAGAAUGGUAAACAGAGCAUAAUUGAAAACAUCUUAGAGCAUCACCCAGAGGCCAUAAAUGCAACUGACUCUGAUGGAUACACACCGUUGCACCGAGCAGCCUAUAGUGAUCACGUUGAAAUUGUUAAGUUGCUUCUUAAGUCUGGUGCCUCUGUAACAGCCAAGACCGUAGAUGGUUGGACGGCGCUUCACUCGGCUUGCCGAUGGAAUCACUACAGAUGUGCUGUUGUUCUGAUUGAGGGUGGAAGUGAUGUCAAUGCAGUGUCCAACAGUGGUCAGACGCCUCUCCAUAUCGCAGCAACCAACCCGAAGGCUCAUGAGACUUUGCAGCUCUUGCUCAUGAACAAGCUCAUGAAACCGCACAUAAAAAAUAGUGUUGGGGAGACGGCCGAGGAUCUGGCCAUCAGGAAUGGACCCUAUGGCUAUCUGUUCGAAGUUAUCAAUCCAGUGUUAAAUGAAUACGAGCAACAGGAGUAGAAAUAGA